AUGGUUGUUGCUGAAAUCAUUCUCUCCUCAUUCAUCACUGUGCUCUUUGAAAAGCUGGCCUCUGCUGACUUGAUCAAACUAGCUCGAUCUGCGCGGAUCUAUUCUCAGCUCGACAACUGGAAGAUCACCUUGUCCCAGAUUCAAGCUGUGCUUGUUGAUGCUGGUCAGAAACACAUAACACAGAUCGCUGUUCAACNUUCUCAGCUCGACAACUGGAAGAUCACCUUGUCCCAGAUUCAAGCUGUGCUUGUUGAUGCUGGUCAGAAACACAUAACACAGAUCGCUGUUCAACAGUGGCUGCAAACACUCCAUCAUUUGGCUUACGACAUAGACGAUCUUUUGGAUGAYUUGGCCACCGAAGCUAUGCGGCGUCAGUUGAAUAAAGGAUCUGAAGCCACCACCAGCACCAGUAAGGUAUURAAGAUCAUCCCAACUUUCACUCCUCGUAACAUCAUGUAUGGUCGUCAGAUGAGUUCUAAGCUAGAGGGCAUUACGGCCAGGUUGCAUCAACUUGUUGAGCAGAAAAAUAUUCUGCUUUUGGUUGAAAAUGUUGAACGGUCAACUAGAACAAGUAGACGAUUGGAGGAAACUUCACUAGUUGAUGAGUCCAGAAUCGUGGGUAGGGAAAARGAUAARCAGGCAUUGCUCUCCAAGUUGUUGGACGAUGAAUCCKGCAAUCCAAACUUCAGUGUUGUUUCUAUAGUUGGUCUGGGAGGGAUAGGAAAAACGACCCUUGCCCAAGCUUUGUACAAUGAAAAARAAGUGGAGGAUYACUUUGAACUCAAGGCAUGGGKUUGUGUUUCUGAUGAGUUCGAUGUAUUUACUAUUAGCAAGGCUAUUUUUCAAGCGGUAGGUGGGGGUGACCAAAGUUUUGCUAAUCUAAAUAUGCUUCAAGUGGCCCUUAGAGAAAAACUUCUGRAGAAAAGGUUUCUACUUGUUCUAGACGAUGUUUGGAACGAAAACUAUGAUCAAUGGGAGCUCCUCCAACGWCCUUUUGUUGUAGGGGCACCGAGAAGUAAAGUCAUCGUGACAACUCGAAAUACCAUAGUUACAAUGGUGAUGGACUCUGUUCAAGUUUACCUUCUUGAGGUUUUGUCGAAUGAAACUGCUCUAACUUUGUUUGCUCAAAAUGCGCUSGGUGAACAAAAUUUUGACAAACACCCAACUUUGAAAUURCAUGGUGAAGGUAUCAUCAAGAAAUGUGAUGGAUUGCCGUUGGCUUUGCGAACGCUUGGGAGGGUCUUGAGGAMAAAAASAGAUGCYGAUGAAUGGGAGGAGUUGUUGAACAGUGGAAUAUGGAAUUUACAUAAUGAAAGUAAGAUUCUUCCGGCUCUAAGACUAAGCUACUACGAUCUUUCUUCGCAUUUGAAGCAGUUGUUUGCAUAUUGUUGCUUAUUCCCCAAGGACUACUUGUUYAAUAAGGAUGAAUUGGUCCUACUAUGGAUGGCAGAAGGGUUUUUGCAUGAGCCAAAUGCUWGCAAGUCAAUGGAGAGUUUUGGYCGUGAGUAUUUUGAAGAACUAGUGUCAAGGUCGUUUUUUCAGCAUUCAACUGAUGACAUAUCAAGAUAUGURAUGCAUGAUCUCAUAAAUGACUURGCCAUGAGUGUUGGWGGAGAGUUUUUCUUUACCUUGGAUGAUAAGAUGGGKAAUGAAGCAUUGGAGAAGGUCCACCACYUUUCRUAUAUUCCUCAAGMGUAUGGAYKAUAUAAAAARUUCAAGGCAUUACARAGAGCUAGACGCUUGCGAACAUUUUUAUCGGUURCGAYGYAUCGAUGGCAGARAUUUSACUUAUCAAAUAAGGUUCUUCAUGAAUUAGUUCCCCAACUGCAGUUCCUAAGGGUMCUAAACCUAAGUAAUCAUUCAAUCACAGAGGUUCCAGAAUCCAUUGGUAGUCUCAAGCAUAUUCGUUACAUCAAUUUUUCCCAAACUGACAUCACAUGUUUACCGGAUCAAGUCAGUGACCUGUAUAAUCUACAAAGCUUGUUGCUUCGUGGUUGUUAUAGCUUAUCUAGCUUGCCAGAUAGUUUUGCAAAGUUAAYAAAUCURCGACAUCUGGACAUUCGUGMUACUCCAMRGUUGAACAAGAUACCCUUAGGGAUUGGUGGGUUGACGARUCUACAAACUCUAUCAAAGGUGAUUAUCGAAGGGGAUACAACUGGGUUCAAAAUAUCGGAGCUUAAAGUCCUAAUGCAUCUUCGAGGUCMACUUYACGUUAAGGGGCUGCAUAAUGUGAGAAAUGGAAUAGAAGCAAAAGARGCCAACYUACAACAAAAGAAGGAUCUUGAUGAUUUGGUGAUGGAAUGGAGAGUUGACAUGGAUGAUUCUCGGAAUAAAGAAAAUGAAUAUGAAGUACUUGAAGGGCUAAGACCUCAUUGUAAGUUGAGGAAACUUAGUAUUUUGUUUUAUGGAGGAAUGAAAUUUCCUAGUUGGUUCGGGGACUCUUCGUUUGAUCAGUUAAGGAACCUUACAUUACGUGGUUGUCGAAGUUGGACACAUUUACCAACACUUGGACAUCUACAGUCACUUCAAAAGUUGUUUGUGGGAAGCAUGAAUGAGGUGAAGACUUUGGGCAUCGAGUUUCUUGCAUCCGCUAAUUCUUUCCAUGGUAUUGCAUUUGCAUCGCUUGAAGUUUUGGAAUUCGAUGAUAUGCAAGGUUGGGAGAGAUGGUCAACUAGYGGUGGUGAUAACAACAGACCUGCUACAUCGUUUCCUCGUCUUCGUGAGAUUUCUAUAAAACGUUGUCCGAAACUUAAUGAAGUGUCAAUUGAUUUAAUACCGUCACUUCGGGUUUUACGUAUAGGACAAUGUUCCGAGGAGGUGUUAAGAAGCAUGGUUGGUGUGUCUUCAUCAAUUGUUAGGUUGAUAAUGUGGGAUAUUAAAGGACUUAUUCUACUACAUGAAGAGGUUUUAAAACAUCUUGGGCAAGUUGAAGAUCUGGACAUAUCAUCAUGUGAUGAAUUGAGAUACUUGUGGGAAUCAGAAUCGAAGGCAUGCAAGUUUCUUGUGAGUUUAAAGAUAUUGGAAGUAGAAACAUGUGAAAUGUUGGUAUCAUUGGGAAAGGAAGAGGAUAAUUUAGGGAUUAACCUAACAUCUCUUAAACAAGUGAAACUUUAUGAUUGCAAGAGUAUAGAAAGGUACAAGUGUCCAGAAAGUAUCGAGAAGUUGGCGAUGAAAAAUUGUGGUUCAUUGACAUCUUUGACCUUCCCAACAUUGCAGGACCUCCCAUCCACUAUAAAGAUUAUUCGCAUUAAACAUUGUGAAAACCUGGAGGAGAGUUGGCUUCUCAACAACUUCUUGUCAUCACUUGAAUCUCGUCAUUUGGAGGGGAGAUAAUCUGAGGUCGUUUCCUGAAGGAUGCUUUAUUUAUAUCACCAAACUGGAAAUAGUGAAUUGUGAUAACGUAGAAUCCAUUCCAGAUAAAGGGUUUGGUUUUCUUCCCCUGUUUUGCCUAAAGUCUCUUUGUAUCGUUUGUUGUAAAAAUCUAAAGUCAUUUCCUCACGAGCAUUUGCCAAGUCUCACAUCUUUGGAAGAGCUGAAGAUUAAGGAUUGUCCAAGUAUGGACUACUCCUUUCCUUGUGGGUUGUGGCCUCCUAAUUUAAGUAUGCUAAGUAUAGGAUGCUUAAAUAAGCCCAUGUCAGAGUGGGGGCUGCAAAAUUUCCCAUCCUCACUUGUUGAACUACAUUUAUAUGGACAGAAUUCAGGCGUGGUUUCAUUUGCAGAGGCAGAAGAUGUGAGGAGGAUUAGCAGCAAYACGACUUUAUCAUCUUUUCUUCUGCCCCCAUCUCUAACUUAUCUAUAUAUCAAGUUUUUUGAGGACUUGGAAUCAGUUUCAAAGGGCUUACAACACCUCACUUGCCUUGAACAACUUUCAAUUGUGUUAUGCCCAAAGCUUAUAGAUCUGCCAGAUAAACUACUUGCUUCACUUUCGUAUUUGUACGUGAAAGAUUGCCAGAAACUGAAGAAAAGGUGUCAAAGUGGUACAGGCAAGUACUGGCCCAUCAUCUCUCAAAUCCCCUGCUUUUGGUAUGCUUGAUAAUGGUGAGGCUUUCAUUUCACAAGAGUUGGUCAAAGACUUAGGUGUAGAAGAAGCAUGAUUGAAUGUUUCCAAAAACAAGUCGCAAAAUAGCGACAAAUGCAGGUUUCUUUCGUGCGUUACUUUUUACCUUUUAGAUUCCGAAGGUUUCCUCCUGAAGCUGGUUUAUUUGGCAAAUCCACCCAAAUGUGAAAUGCUUUUUUGAAGUCAUUAAAAAAACUGUCUGAAAGUAUUGAUAGGAGACGGUUUUAUGGUUGUGUGGUUGUUCAUAACUUCUUGAGUUUGAUUCCAAGUCAUGUUUGU